GGAUAAACUGAUGCUGAUAGCGCUAAUAGCGUCUCCCCGAACGCACUCUAAAUGUGGAGAAUAUAUAACGAGCCUAGCAGUCUAGUAUAUUAUAGAAGUCUGUGAACGCACCCUAGGUUCAUGAAGACUAGAGGUAACCCCGACAAACCAAUUGUCGGUUUACCGGAAAUUUAUCUCCCGCCAAAACUUAUGGAAUUACACAAGGUUCACGAAACGAGGCAAAGCGAAGUACCCAUAUAAACGUGUUUACAAGUGUGAUUUGCAGUGAUUUGGAAAAGAGUAAUGGAUGAUGUGCAAGCAUCUACAUCUGGCAGGACUAAGCGCCAAAAAAUUGAUAAGACUGGCAGGUUCUCGGCUCUGGAAAGAUUGAAGGAAGCUCGAAGUGGCAAACGCAAAUAUGAGGUUGAAGAGAUAGCAAAUGUUUAUGAUGAAAUAGAUGAAAAAGAGUAUAGUGAGACUGUUUUACAACGUCAACGGGACGAUUGGAUAAUUGACGAUGGAGAAAGUGGUUACAUUGAAGAUGGAAGGGAAAUUUUUGAUGAUGAUUUGGAUGAAGAAAGCAUUCAGGAAGCGAGAAAACAGAGACAUAACAUGGCUGGUCCAAGAAAAAGAAGGAAGGAUGAGAGCAAGAAGAAAGGGGAUAUUCAAAGUCUGAUUAGGAAUAUGCCUUCUAAGAAAGAUACUAAUUCAGUUCAAAUCAAAGAUGAUGAUAUUUUAGGAGAACUGCUCAGUGAGAUUUCUACAGAUAAAAAGACAACAAAUAAUUUUAAAUUGGGAAGCACCAAGAAUAAAUUUUGUCACACAGUUUAUUCUAACAUUACACAAACAUAUCAGUCUUCAUCCGUAAAUCAAAAAGCAAUUGAUAAAGUGACAUCUGAAAAGCAAGAGGAGAAAAUUGUAUUGGAAUCUGAUAAUAUUGCACAAAGUGAAAGUCAGAUAAUUGAGGAUGAAGAUGAUACAGCAAUAUUUGAUGCGCCGCAAAAGAAGAGCAUAAAUAAACUAGUAGAAUCAAAAGUUGAAGAAUCAAAGCUGAUGAAUCAAAAUACAAGAAAGUCAAUGGAAUCUAAUAAUAUACAAACUGCAAGUCAGAUUAUUGAAGAUGAGAGCAGUCCUAUAAUGGAUCUUAGUGAAUGUGUUGGAGAUUUGUCCAGUAUAGAUUUUGAUGAUGGAAGCAUGGACGUUGAUUGUUUAUUGUCAACAACCACGAAACCUCAGAAAAAUGUAACAGAUAUACAGACUCCUGUUUGCAAAACUUCUGUCAAAAGUAUGAAAAUUGGUAAUGCCAUUGACUUGACAGAAAUAACACCUCAACUUAUCAAGACAAAAGAUGAGGAAGAGGUAUUUAGGUUUUACUAUUUGGAUGCAUAUGAAAAUCCUUACAAGAAUCCUGGAACUGUGUAUCUCUUUGGCAAAACCUACGUAUCGAGCCACGAUACGUACUGUUCGUGUUGCAUUAUGGUGCAUUGUAUACCGAGGAGAAUAUAUCUACUGCCUAGAAAAUAUAUAAAAAACACGGAACAAUUAACCACCAUGGAAGAUGUGUAUAAAGAGUUUGAUGAGUAUGCGAAUAAGAUGCGUAUAAUGGAGUUCAAUUGCAAAGAAGUAAAGAAGCAUUAUGCUUUUGAAAAGGAGGGUACACCGAAAACUUCAGACUACUUGGAAGUCAGAUAUAAUGCACGUUAUCCAGCAAUUGAGUCUGAUUACUCGGGUCGAGCGAUAGAACGUGUCUUUGGUACGACAGUGAACGCAUUAGAACUUUUGCUUAUAGAACAAAAGAUUAAAGGACCUUGCUGGUUAGACAUUAAGAAUAUAUCGCCCACUGCGGGACGAUUUUCUUGGUGUUCACAAAUAGUGGUUACUUCAGACAUGAACAAUAUAUCACUAUGUGCCGAAGAGAAAGCUAAACCUCCAAUGGUGAUAGCGACAUUAAAUGUGAGAAUGUCUUUAAAUGCAAAGUUACAGAAUGAAGUAGUGAUGGUUGCUGUGUUAAUUCAUCACAAAUACAAUGUCGAUAAGGAAUCGCCAAAACCACCUUACGAUCGUCAAUUUUGCUUUGUCACACGUCCACGAGAUAUCCCCUGGCCGCGGCAAAUUCGUGAUGCUUUUCUGAAAGUCCUGAGUACCGAAAUAAUAAAAUGCGAAACUGAAAGUGAAUUACUCGAAGAGUUGUUAACUUUAAUGCAGAAAGCAGAUCCUGAUUUAAUAAUAGGCUACGAUUGCGCAUUUCAGUUUGAUGUAUUGAUGCAAAGAAUGUUUGCAUUAAAAGUAUCCAACUGGAAUCGAAUGGGAAGAUUAAAAUCAACAACUCCUCCCUUACUUAGGGGUAAAAUUAUACUUAAUCAAGCUUUUGUCGGCCGUCCAAUUUGUGAUAUACAAGUUUCGGCGAAGGAAUUGAACUUAAAAGUCCGAAGUUACGACCUGCAAUCACUCUGCAGUGCAGUAUUAAAAACGAAGGAAUACGAAUGUAAAGAGAUCACGCCAGCAGAAACUUCAUUAUUUUUUAAUACAGCGGAUAAAUUGCUAAAUCUAAUGCAUAUGACAUUAAAAGAAACAAAACACAUUAUAACUAUAGUGAUGGAUCUCAAUGUUAUACCGCUCGCUCUUCAAAUUACUUGUUUAGCAGGUAAUAUUUUAUCGAGGACGCUGUUAGGUGGGAGAGCGGAAAGGAAUGAGUAUCUGUUGCUGCAUGCUUUUAAUCUGAAAGAUUACGUAACGCCGGAUAAAAAAUUUGAAAAGAAGGCACGGGAUAAUGAUGGUCCACGUAGAAAAGCUGCGGCGUACACUGGAGGUCUCGUACUUGAACCAAAGAAAGGUUUUUACGACAAACUGGUGCUGCUAAUGGACUUCAAUUCUCUGUAUCCGAGCAUUAUACAAGAGUACAAUUUGUGUUUUACCACUGUAUCUGGUGCGGCAUAUGCUGACGUCGAGCAAUUGAGUAUUCCUGAGUCGGAUCUGGAGCCAGGUGUAAUCCCGACGGAAAUUCACAAAUUGGUCAAAAGCAGACAGCAGAUCAAACAACUCAUGAAAACGCCUAAUCUAACACUGGAACAGAAAAUGGAUUAUCAUAUCAGACAAAUGGCAUUGAAGCUCACAGCCAAUUCCAUGUACGGAUGUUUGGGAGCGACGCAUUGUCGAUUUUAUGCCAAAGGCCUUGCCGCUCUAAUAACAGCCAAAGGUCGGGAGAUUCUGGAGGAUACGAAGCAUUUGGUUGAGAAACUGCAAUAUGAGGUAAUUUAUGGUGACACCGAUUCUCUGAUGAUAAACACCAACAUUUUAGAAUACGAUGAUGUUUUCUCGAUUGGCAGAAAGAUUAUGCGCGAAGUCAACAACCGAUACAAAAAAGUUGAAUUAGAUAUCGAUGGAGUAUUUCGAUAUUUAUUGCUUUUGCAAAAGAAGAAAUACGCUGCAGUUACGAUGUCGAAAUUGCCAAAUGGUCAAAUACAAUUGACACAAGAGCAUAAAGGUCUAGAUAUUGUGAGAAGAGAUUGGUGUCCAUUGGCCUGCGACACUGGAAAAAAAGUUUUGGACAUACUUCUUUGUGAUCAAUCAAGCGAAACACGUUUAGAACAAGUCGUGCAAAUUCUACAGAGCGUUGCGAAAAGUGUAAAGGAGGGAACUGCGCCACUGUCAUCAUUUGUUAUCACCAAACAAUUGUCGAAAAAUCCGGAUGCGUAUCCAGAUAAAAAGCAAUUGUCUCAUGUUAUGGUAGCACUCAGAUUAAACAAAGCGGGUGGUCGGAUGUGGAAAGCUGGUGAUACUCUGCCAUAUAUUAUAUGCGAGGAUGGAACUGAUGCGAGUGCAACGGAACGAGCGUAUCACGUUGACGAAGUAAAGAAUAGUGAAAAAUUAAAGGUGGACGUUAAUUAUUAUUUACUGAGUCAAAUAUUUCCUGUAGUGUUACGCAUUUGUGAGCCAAUCGAGGGUAUCGACGAUGUCUUUCUAGCUAAUAAUUUAGGUUUACAAUUUGUUUACAAACCUAAGACAAUAGCUUGUGAGGCAACCUUAAACUUACCACUGGCUAUCAAUGAUGACAGAUUUAUUAAUUGUCUUCCUUUGACAUUCAAAUGCAGAAAUGAGCGAUGUAAUACGGAAAUAGUAAUUAGAGAUACUGUUACGGAAUUUCAUUCUGGUCGGCACUUAUCACUUAGUAUGUGCCCCAAUCAGGACUGUAAGUUACUACCUUGGAAAUAUGCAAACAUUAUACAGAAUAUAAUUCAACUGGAGAUGAGAAAAGCAAUUACCAAGUACUACAGUGGCUGGUUAGAAUGUGAGAAUCCACUUUGUUCCCAUAGAACGAGACAUUUGCCAUUAGCUUUUGCGAAAAAAUUUCCAGAUUGUCCAAUGUGCAAAGACGGUUGCAUGAAUCGAGUUUAUUCUGGGACAGAUCUGUAUAAUCAAUUGUACUACUACUAUAAAAUGUUUGACAUUACUCAAUCAGCUUACAAACAUCUAUUAUCUCAAUGUCCACGAGAUAUGAUAGCCGCAUACAACACACUGAAAGAGGCAGUUGACAGACAAUUAAAACGAAACAAGUUCUCGUCUGUAAAUAUCACUGGAAUAUUCGGCCCUGUCGGUGCCAAUCCUGUGGGAAUAUACAUUAAUAGCGGUUCACGGGAGGAUUUUGAUGAAUUGGAAGAUAUGUCUGAUGAUACGGAUAAAGAAGUUUAAGAAGAAACAUAUAUCAACUAAGGGCAUGUUUGUAAUGCUAUUGAAUCAUUUUAUUCUUGUUGUUUAUCGAAUAUUGAACAAGGACAAAUAGUGCUCGUGAAGUAGAUUUUUAUCACUCUUGGUCAUAAGAAAUCGACUGGAGGGGAGGGGGGAAUACGACAAUUAAACUGUGAUUAAGAAAA